UGCAAGGCCUUCGACUAGUGCAGUGGGGAUCUAAAAGGCAAAGGCAGUCGCAGAAAGACUUGCGCGCCCGCAGCCCGCUCGCCUCGCGUCCUCGGCCGUGCGUGCGAACACUUGCCACGAUCCGAGUGCCGUCUAUCGCGCCGUGCGGGUGUUUCGUGUUAAUAACGUGCUAUAUGCAAUUUUCACAAUGAAGUUCCACAUUAAACUAUUCGAUGUGGUGCCGGCGCGGUUCAACGUGGCCGUCAUGAUGUUCUUCGCGUGCUGGGUCAACUACAUGAUGAGGGUCAACAUGAGCGUCAACAUCAUCGCUAUGGUGCCCGAUGAGACGCACACAGUAUCGGUGAAAAGCGAAUGCAAGGCCAUCGUGACCAACGAUAGUUCGUUAUACAACGCAACAAUCGUCACCAAGCGAGAACUGCGCCAGCCAGAGGGAGUGGUGACGUUCACAUGGACAACUCAAGAGCAAGCGUACGUGCUAUCUGGCUAUUUCUGGGGUUACGCUAUCACGUGUUUGGUGAGCGGGACCGCGGCUGAGUUCUGGGGUCCGCGCAAGCUGGUGUUCAUCACGAUGCUGAUUAGUGCUGUGCUGACACUAAUCAGUCCCCAAGCGGCCAAACUACACUACAUGGUGCUGGUGGCUGUGAGAUUCGUAAUUGGAUUGGCUGCGGGUUUUUUGUUUCCGUCGCUGCACGCUCUGGUUGCGCACUGGGCGCCGCCGGCUGAGAAAGGAAAGUUCGUGAGUGCGCUGCUGGGUGGCGCCAUAGGCACCGUCGUCACCUGGUCGCUCACCGGGCCGCUCAUCGAGAACUUCGGAUGGGAUUAUGCCUUCUAUGUUCCUGGAGUGAUUGGUAUCGUAUGGUGUUUUCUGUGGUGGUUCCUGGUCUACGAUUCUCCCGUACAACACCCUCGCAUAUCAGAACAUGAGAAACAGUACAUUAUUGACUCCAUCGGUGAUAAAGUUGCGCAUAGCUCAAAGGAUACAAAGGUAGUUCCUCCAUUUAAGAAGAUUUUUACGUCAUUCCCUUUCUUGGCGAUGGUUGUCCUGCACUACGGCAGUAACUGGGGACUUUACUUCGUCAUGACGGCUGCACCUAAGUUUGUUUCAAGCGCUCUAGGAUUUAACCUGACUUCUACUGGCACAUUGUCAUCUCUGCCGUACCUCGCUAGGAUGCUAUUCUCUCUUAUAUUUGGUGCUAUUGGCGACAGAAUCGUCCGACAAAACGUGGUGUCAACAACAUUCAUGAGGAAGUUCUUCUGUCUGUUUUCUCACGUUGUGCCUGGGCUGCUCCUCAUCGCUCUUGGAUACACCGGCUGCGCUCCGAUCUUAUCAGUUGCCCUUAUCACAUUCUCUAUGGGCUCUAAUGGUGCAGCCACCUUGACUAAUUUGGUCAACCACCAAGACUUAGCACCCAACUUUGCCGGAACGCUGUACGGAAUUGCCAACGGAAUAGGAAACACCGCUGGUUUCGUCACGCCUUUAGUUACGGCGUAUUUCACUAAGAAUGGCAAUGGAUUUGCGGAGUGGCGACCAGUAUUCAUUACUGGGGCAUCAUUGUACAUCGCUUCAGCUGGGUAUUUCAUACUUUUUGGUACCGGAGAGACGCAAUCCUGGAACUACGUGGCUCCUACAGAAGAAGACGAACGCGAUAAAAGACCCAGCAAUUCCAGCGAAACCACCAUCACAAUUCCUCCUAAAACAUAGUGUUGCAAGCCAUUAAAUUAGCAUUUUAUACGACGUCAGUUAUUUUACCGUCAAGUAUUUUAUUUGUGGUUUAAAUAAGCAGUUAGUUUGAUAUUACGGCUGCCAUGGUUAAGAAUUUGAGGAAAUGUAAAUAAGAACAUUUAGAUGAGUAUGAGAAGUAUAUGUGACAGGAUAACAGUACUAUUUCUAUUGCCGAAGGAAUGUAUAGCGUGUUUUGAAGUUGGUAAAUUUCUCUCACAUAUUCAUAACAUAUUUUGUCAAAUGUUCGUAAUAGAAUUUAAAGUAGUUUCUUCACGAAUAUAUAAGUUCAUAAGUUCACUUUACAGGGAUUAUUUCAAAAAGUUUGGAUACUCUAAGAAAAGGUACAUAAACACUAACUGAAGUUUAAAUUUUUAAUUAUUUUAAAGCAAUUGAUUAAAAUUCUGUGAAAGGAAAUUUUAAAUAAUUUUGACAUUCGUGAUUAUUAUGUGAUAAUUAUCUUUUUUCUAUAGAUCAACGUGUGUUUCGUUCAGUAUUUUCAUAUUGAUCAUCUAUUGUCAUCUAUAUUUAAGCUGUUUUAUUAAUUUAAUUAAAAUCAGUUUACUUAAAGAGAAAUCAUUUUAAAAUGAGACUUUGUACUGUCAGUUUAACAUUUUGCAAGUGUACGUAGUACAUUAGGUUAUUGUAAAUAUUUAAUAUAAUUUUUACCUAGUAACAAGAAAUUGCCGCGAAUUUAUUAUUGCCUUGUAAGUUUAAUGUAAAAUUACAUAACGGAUUAUAAAUUAUGACUGUGAUGAUUGUUGAAGUUAGAAUAAAAAGAGCGUUUAAUGGUACUGAAUUAAAUUAUUGAACAUAUCAAUUCUAAA